AAGAAAAAUUACCAGUAUUCAGAAAAGGAUCAAAAUUCAUCCAGCAUAAUUAAGUUUUUAAAUACCACUGUGUCCAAGUUCUCUAAGAAAGGUUCUUCUCAGAUAGCGAAUCACUUAGAACUGUAUGAAUCCACUAUGGAUUCUUUAAAAUUAUACUCUGAUGCUGACAGAAUCAGAUUCCUUCCAUGGGCAUUUGAUGAUAAAUAUCGUCAUUACUUUACCUCUUUUAGGGAGAGAGGAAUUCAAGAUUGGCCAAGUGUUUUGCAUGAAGUUAAACUGGAAUUCGGACCUUACCGAACCAUUACUGCUGCAAAACGAGACAUAUAUAAGCUUACAUGUAGGCCCAAUCAAAGUCCCCGUGAAUUCCUCUCUAUCCUUAAAAAUGCCUAUAAGUUAGCAUAUAGAUCCCCAAACUGGGAAUCUGAAGAGUUUAAGCAGUUGUUCUAUGAUGCUAUGCCAACCCAGAUCAAACUUAGCCUAGCCAGAGAUCUGGAUAUUGAAGCUCCCUUGGAUAGGUUGGUGACGGCUGCCACCACGCUGUAUAAUAUCAGUGAAUGCCAUGAAACAGGUGAGAGAAGAUUUAAAAAAUCCCCAGAGCAAAAUAUAGCUGAAGCUAAGGUAAACCCUAGCUUUGGAUUUGAAACACAGCCACGUAAGUACCCUCAGUCUACAGGUCCUGUCCACCAAACCCAUCGACAACAGGUAGUACCCAAGCAAACCAAGCCCCAAAAUCCCAACGGGUCAGAGGGGGAUAAUUCUGGUGCUGGGAGGUCUAACUACCGUCCAUAUUACAAUAAUGGUCCCCAAUAUAGGUCCUAUUACUAUAGGGAUUCCCAGGGUUACAGACGCUGGAAUAACAGGCCCAGACAACAGAGGGAAGAUAGGCAGGAACCCUUAAACUCACCUAGGAGUAGGUCACCCACCAAUAAUCAGGGCGCCUCACAAAACCAAAAUAUGCGCAAACCAAACAGGUUUGAUCAGCUGGCAGAACAAGUGGCCCAGUUGAAUGACAUUGUGAGGAAGUUGUCCCAGGAAAACCGGAACAGAAUCAUUGCCUAUGCCAGCAAAUCCUUGUCACCAGUAGAGGUAAAAUUCAAUAGCUGUGAGAAAGCCUUACUGUCAACUGUCUUUGUGGAAUAUUUCCCCGGAUGGAAAAGAUCCAACAUGAUGAGAAACAACAACAAGCCAGUCAAGCAUGGUAAGAUGUUUUGUAAGAUUGACGAGAUGGUUACCACCCACGGUCUUACAAUUUACUGGAAAAAGGUAAAGGGUCAUUCAAAGUAUCCAGGUAUGGAUAAAGAAGGGAAUGACCUAGCAGAUUCCCUCGCCAAACAAGCAGCCAUUGACGGAGAAGUCUUUGACGUUGAUGACCUCAUGGGAACUAUGCAAGUGGAUGCAACGACAAGAAGAUGGAUUGCUGAUAAGGACCUCAAAGAACGGUAUCACGCAAUGGGUAGUACCCGCAGCGUAUCGAGGUCUGAUGCUACAACAUGCCCAUGA